AUGGAAUCAUAUAAGACCAUUACAACAAACUUUUCGAACUAUAAUCUAGAAAAGCUGAUAGAAAUGGAAAGAUAUGUUUGCUUUGAUAAUAUUGCUGAAGGUUCUAUGCAAGCAUUGCUCAAUAAUGAUACCAAGAAGAAAACCGAUAAUAAGACAUUAACUUACCAAGAUUCAGAAAACUCUGAUGAUAAUAUGCCAGUUGAUACAAGCACUAUUUCUACUUUACAGAAAUCUUCUGAAUCCGCUGCUGAUAGUGCUGUAGAUGAAAACCAAAUCUUAUUGAAAGAAGAUAAUGAAGACAACGAUUGUGAAGUAUUAGACGAUGAAACAAUUAGUAUUCAAGCUCCACAAGGUGUUCAAAAUUCACUUCGUAUUAUCAGAAGAGAAAGACCAUUCAAGUGUUGUUUUAUAAGUAGUAUAGAAAAGGAGCAAAAUUAG